AUGGAGGCUAUGCGCCAGCGACUGCUGGCGCAGCAGCUUGAGAGCCAAAGUCCAUCACCGAAGCAAAGAAAGGACAAGAUGGAACCAGGAGCAUCGACACCAACAGAUUCCAACAAAAAUCGGCCUGUCAUACAACCAUGGCGUUCUGAACCUCGUGUAAAAAUGAUGCCAUUCAAGGCACCCACGCCGGUGGGCACGCCAGAAAAAUCCUCUCAGGGCUCUGGCACUUCAUUAAGCACACCCACAAAGGCCGCACUUAUGCGUCGCGGAUUUCCCGCUUCACCUGGCUGGCCGCAAACUCCGAACAAAUCCAUGUCAUCUGCUUUCGGCAGUCCCGCCGGUUCGCUGAGUGGUACCCCUUUGGACUCCAAGCAUGUUCCAACGGCUGAACGUGAAAAACAGCUCAGAGACAUGCUCGAAGGAAUUGUGUCCGUUGCAGAAAAGGUUGAUAUGAAUCAGUCUCGCGUGCCUGGUAUGCAAUGUACAUUAUUGCCUCAUCAGGUGCAGGGCGUUGAAUGGAUGAAAAAGCGUGAGCAAGGCAAAGGAAAGGGUGGUAUUUUGGCUGAUGAUAUGGGCCUUGGAAAGACGAUACAAACUCUCGCGCUUGUCUUGCAACACAGGUGCAUAGAUGAUUUGUAUUCAGGUCAACAGGAGGAAGACUUGGACAUGAAUGAUGAUCUCAUUGGAUUGACCAGAAAAAGCGUAUUUCGUUCACGAACCAGGACGACACUUAUUGUCGCUCCCGUUGCUGUUAUGGAGCAAUGGCAGCGCGAGGCGCUUGAAAAAUCAAGACACAAGCUAUCUGUCUAUAUUCAUCAUGGACCACGUCGUACGACCAAUGUGGAUGAGCUGAAAAAAGCAGACAUUGUCAUUACAUCUUACGCCACAGCAGCUAAUGAGUAUGAACAGUACCUGAAAGCGACAGAGUCAGAAAGCAGUCUGCCCUCCACGCGUGCCAACAAGCAGUUGCGCGAAGCGUCUGCGAAUGAUUUGGACGACUCUGAUGACUCGGAUUGGGGCAUGCUCAACGACGAUGAUGUUUCGUCACCUUCGAAAAUUAAGGCGGCCAACAACCACACCAAAUACCCUUUGUUUCAAAUGUACUGGCUGCGUAUUGUCCUCGACGAGGCACAAAAUAUCAAGAAUUAUCGGGCUAAAUGCUCAUUAGCCUGUUAUCAACUUUCUAGUUGCGCGGCUACUCGCUGGUGUAUAUCAGGCACACCAGUUCAAAACAAUGCAUUGGAGAUUUUCAGUCUCAUUCAUUUCUUACGUAUAUCACCUUUCGAUGACUUCCGUCACUUUGAAGAGAAAAUUCAUGACCCUUUAAAAAGUAAUAAGCAGACUUACGUGGAUUUGGGAUUGCAGCGUCUGGGUGUCGUUUUGAAGUCAAUCAUGCUGCGUCGCACGAAAGAUGCCAUGUACGAGGGUCGACGAGUACUCGACUUGCCGUUGCGAUCAAUUGAAAUCGUCUCACGAGAAUUUUCGUCGGAGAAUGAGCGAGAUUUUUAUCGCGAACUGGAAGACCGGAUCCAAACACACUGGAAAAAGUCACAAAAAGCUCAUAUCAAUUAUAUGGGAGCACUUGUUAUGUUACUGCGCCUACGGCAAGCUUGCAAUCAUCCUGCCUUGGUCACUGGAAGAACAGCGCUCCCAUUACACGAUUUAUCUGAACCAACUGCUGAAGAAAAUGUACAAGAUGAGGACGAAGAACUGGCCUCGUUAUUGUCAGGAUUGUCGGUUAAAACCCGAAACUGUGACAGAUGUCAGAUAUCAUUACUUGAACAGCAAGCACGGUAUUGUUCUGGUUGUAAGGCUCAGAUCAGUCGCGAAAAAAAGCAAGGUAUCAACUGGGGCACACCUGGAACCAUGUCAACCAAGCUUGAAAUGAUCCUUAACUUAUUGGACACCUUUGAUAAAACAUCCAAGGGAGAUAAAUCUAUCAUAUUCAGUCAGUUCACUUCCUUUCUUGAUUUGGUUCAAGAUGCUCUAAACGACUGUGGUCGAAAUUUUGUACGUUACGAUGGAUCUAUGCGAAGAAAUGCGCGAGAAGAGGCAUUGCAAAAGAUUCGAAGUGAUGAAGGCAUCAAGAUUAUUUUGAUUUCCUUCAAAGCUGGCAGCACUGGGUUAAACCUCACAUGCUGUAACCGUGUAAUUCUUUGUGAUUUGUGGUGGAAUCCGCAAAUUGAGGAACAAGCGUUUGAUCGCGCUCACCGACUCGGUCAAUCCAAAAAUGUAUAUAUACAAGUUAUCCAUUGA